UAAAAACGCCAUAAUAAACCACUGCAGUAUUUUCUCACGGCGUCGCUCUUGAAUUAGAAUAAUCUAGUAUUGGUGUUAGUAUAAGUACACGCGGGACAAGAGGAGAAAUCACGAUUAAGUCUUGGGAGGAUCCUUUAUCAAUUUUCAAUCAAAAACUCAUUGUGAAUAAAUCUUUAAUAUUAUCAGUGAUAACAAAAUCCACGUGUCAAAGUUUGUUGAGUGAAUAUUAUUCACGAGACUCGCGCGCGGGUUUACGUCCUGCAUUAUAUACUUGACGUAUCAGGACGCGCCGCGAGGCAAUAAUUUCAUCCAAAUUUUUACGAAAUCAGGAAGGGUGAGCGGAAGCACAGAAGGAAGGAAGGAAGGGUCCGCCCGCCCUUCUUUAGAAAUGAAGCUUGUCGACCAUGUGGUGCGAAGUUUCAAAGUCGCGAAAAUAUUUCGCGAGAACACAGACCGAAUUAACAGCAUCGACUUCUCUAAUAAUGGAGAAUUACUCAUCUCAUGUUCCGAGGAUGAUCAAAUUGUCAUUUAUGAUUGCGAGAAAGGGACACAAAUGCGAACCGUCAAUUCAAAAAAAUACGGCGUCGAUUUGAUACAUUUCACACAUGCAAAAAAUACCGCAAUUCACAGUAGUACCAAAAUUGAUGACACAAUACGCUAUUUGAGCUUGCAUGAUAACAAAUACAUUAGAUAUUUUCCCGGACAUACAAAAAAAGUCGUAUCACUGUGCAUCAGUCCAAUUGAUGACACUUUUUUGUCAGGUUCACUUGAUAAAACAUUACGACUUUGGGAUUUGAGAUCUCCCAAUUGUCAUGGGGUGAUGAAUGUUUCGGGACGACCAGUAGCCGCAUAUGAUCCUGAGGGUUUGAUUUUUGCUGCCGGUGUAAAUUCCGAGUGUGUUAAAUUAUAUGAUCUUCGGAGUUUUGACAAGGGUCCAUUCAUCACAUUUAAAUUGCAACAGGAAAAAGAAUGUGACUGGACAGGCCUGAAAUUUAGUCGUGAUGGAAAGACAAUUUUAAUAUCAACAAAUGGUAGCAUCAUUCGACUCGUUGAUGCUUUUCAUGGAACUCCUUUACAGACGUUUACUGGACAUUUGAAUAAUAAAGGAAUUGCAGUCGAGGCUAGUUUUAGUCCCGAUUCGCAAUUUGUUUUCAGUGGUUCCACUGAUGGUCGAGUUCACGUAUGGAACGCAGACAAUGGCUUUAAAGUUUGCAUGUUGAAUGGUGAUCACCCAGGACCAGUACAAUGCAUCCAGUUUAAUCCUAAAUACAUGAUGUUGGCAUCGGCAUGCACGAAUAUGGCAUUUUGGCUGCCCACCAUUGAGGAUUCAAAUGCGUAAAAAAAAUUUAACUCUCAGAAGAGUUUGCUCGCAAGAUUAUUUUGUCAUCGAGAAGAAAAGAAGUUUAAUGAAGUGCAGAAAGAAUGAGUUGAUCGAGCAAGCAAUGUGAUUUAAAAAAAAAAUAAAUAAAAUAAAAAACAAAAAAAAACAAAAAAAAGGAAA